GGUGUCUCGGGAACGUUCACGCGCUCCUGCACAGUCAGCAAAAGAGCAGUUUUUCGGCGCUCCAUUUUACUUCUACUCGCAUAGCAGAGGUCUAGAAUGUAUUGAAAUGGCUAGGGACUAUACUGGGGUGCAAUGAGGACAAGUGAGUUUGAUUCAUCUGACGAAGAGGACUUUGGUGAAGUGGAAGCCACGCCUUUUCAGAUCUCAUGGUUGUCUCUGUCAGUGGUGGAGUGUUCCCAGUCUCUUGGCAUUUGUUCCUUACCUGGAUGCCGAUAUAAAGAAAUCAGAAGAAACCUGCAGAAAGAUGUUGCUGAGAUGUGUGACCAGGGUGUGGAGGACGUGUUUGUGUUCUGUACCAGGGGAGAGCUGGUGCGCUACAGGGUGCCCUGUCUGAUAGAGGUUUAUUCUCAGAAUGGACUCAGAGUGCACCACCUCCCCUUCCCGGACGGAGGUGCCCCGGAGCUUCCCCAGUGCAGCUGCAUUCUGGAGGAACUGCAGGACUGCCUCCGGAAUCAGCGCAGGACUGUCAUACAUUGUUAUGGAGGCCUGGGCCGCUCAGGGUUAAUUGCUGCAUGUUUGCUGCUGCAGCUCUCUGUAUCCAUGACACCCGGUGCUGCUCUGGAGAUCCUCAGGGAGCUGAGAGGAGGCGGAGCCAUUCAGACCGUCAAGCAAUACAACUUCCUCCACGAGUUUCGGGAGAAGUUUGAAGCAUAUCAAGAAACCAAAGAGCGGCUUUCAGAGAGAUCUGUAUCCCGAUGAUCAUCCAGAUGGUGUAAAAGCAGAAACUUUGAUGAAUUUGAAUUUUCUCCUCUACGAUUAUGAAUGCAUUUGUUUCUUUUGUGAUGGCACUUUAAAAAUUCUGUAUUUUUAUAAGUCGGUCUAAUAAUAUUGUGCUUAAUAUAUAACUUUAACUUUCCGAUCAAAUGGGUCUCGUUCAGUAAGUUAGUCUUAAAGGUGCAACAAGUGAUUUCUGAGAAACGCUGUUGAAAAUUGUAAUCAACACCCAAACAAUUAAUUUAGUGAAUAUAUUCUGUCUGUCUGUUCUAUGUACGUUGGAACAAGUUGUGUGUAGUCCUGGCUGUUUAAAAUAAGAGAGAAACGUGGAUCAGCCAAUCAAAUAUAGGACAGUUGACAGUUGAGGAAGCGGGACUUUUGCUAUAUUUCACAAUGCCAAGACAUUCUGUGGCAACAUUAUCUAUAGUGCUGCUGGUGCUUAACCGGUUACAAAAAGCAUUUCACCAUUGGAUAUUAUGGCUAUGAUGAAAACAUCCCUUUUGGCAGACGCUGUCUUGAUAAACCAUCUGUUGAAGUCGUUUGCGUUGCAUGGUGUGUUCAUGAAUUUUUGUUGCUUUCAGUGUUUCUUAGAAAUCGUUACUGCCUAAAUGCCUGCAUUGAUUCUGGCCAGUCAAUUAAAUUGAGAGAAAUGUUUAUAUUUGUGUCUGGGAAACCAUGUGUUGCUUAUGUGAGUAACAGUGAUUUGGAUGGUGGAUGAAAUUUUUAUUCAGCUGCUGGCAGUAAUUCCUGGCAACGCAAUUACUUGCUUAUCAAAGUAGUGAUUAGUAAGGAAAUGUAUAAAGUAUGGUGGUAACAUAAUCCAAAGUUAAAGAGAAAAAUCAAUUAUCAUAGUCAAAACAGGUCAAAUGCUGUUGUAAAAAAGUAUAUUUUGCGUAUUUUAUAUUUGCCACAUGAGAAUACUUUUUGAUAAAUUAUGACUAAUAUCCACCUGAUUUUUCAAUGCAGAAGCAUAUAGGCAAGACUUAGUUCAAUAACAUGCAGUAAAUUGUGAAAUUGUUUAGAUUACAAACCAACGUAAAUGAGACCUGAAACCAGACCCAUACAAUUUACAAAGACAUGCCUACUUUUAUGGGAAUAAAUAAAAUUUUGCGAAUUAAAGUAAUUUUUAUCACUGGAAAAAUACUUAUGUUUUCAUUUUUAAACUUGUAAUGACAAAGCUGAGGUUUGUUUCACUAUUAUAAAAGGAGCACAUGUCAAAAAUUUGCAUUAUUAUUCUUUAUAUAUGAUAUUAAAAAUAUUUCAGUUUAAACCAAACCCAUUUUUACCAUAAAUACUUUAGCCACAUGGACUAAACUUAAAGAAAACAAAAAAAAAAAAAACACCAUAAUAAAAUGAGCAUUUGUUAUUUGUCUAUGGGGGCUUUAUUGGGAACUUUAAGCAAUAUUACAAGCAAAAAAAAAACAAACAAAACUUUUUUUUUACUAUAGCUCUUGCAAGACUUUAACAUUCAAAUGCACAUAAUGCUGGGUUCACACACACAGGGGGAAAAAAAAUGCAAACAA